AUGCAAUCCGCAAAGGCGCGCCUUGUCAAGUCCGGUCAUAUCGAUCUGGUAGCACUCGACCAGCCGACAAGCUCAAAAGUAGCCGCACGGCCGGGACAUCUGACGGCGCGACGCCCACCCGCAAAGGUCGCUUCGAGAUCUCGGCUAUCUGCCGCAUCGAGCAUCCUCUUGGAGGCGGUCGAAGCAGUGGCACAGCAUACUUCUGAACAUACUAGCCAAAUCGGACAAAGCUGUGCGUAUCAAUUGGCAAAGCCGGCACACUCUCAGCCUAGCAGCUCGACUUGCUUAGGCUUGCUGCACUCGUCAGAGGGCUGGAAUCUAUCCCAAUCAACCGAUAGGACCAGAUCUGAUCGGUCCCACCAUUCACCCUCACACUCUCGAGACGAUCACCACCACUCGUCGCAGCGUGGAUCAGACUCAGCAGUCUCGCCGUCAUCAGCGGCAGGCUACCCGCCUUUCAUGACGCACGACGGCCAUACGUCCACCUCCGCGACGCUGCCUCGCUAUCAAAGCAAUUACGGCACCUAUGGCAAUUCUACAUCGGACCUGAGCGUCAGUCCGCUCCCGACGGGUGGUAGAAACAAUCCCCAUCCGCUCAGUCAUGCAUUGUAUGCUGAUUCAUCUCAUACCUUGGGCGGCACGACACUUGACGGAGAUGCUUCGUCCUCAUCUGGUUCGGACGAACUCCGCCGCAAUGGCGCAAACGGCAAGUCGCAACUUGGAUCUGGAGGGUCUAGCUAUGGCACAAGCGGAUCUACACUGGUCAACGGCUCAUCCAAGCGACCCUCUUUCCAGUCGAACCGACCGGGUCGAGCAGGCCUGCCGGCAUAUACCCGCUCCAACUCUUAUUCGUCCACGCCAGGCAUGAAUACCUCCGGCUUGUCAUACCUCAAGCGAUGGAGUAGACCCCAUCUAGCCGGCACGAGCGCUGGCGUCUCACCCGCACAGCUAAGCAUUGCCGCAGCAAAAGGCAAGGCUGCCCGUCUCGGUUACCUAGACGGACUUCGCUUCAUCCUUGCCAUGGUUGCACUCAAUGGCACCUUCUUCAGCGCUGUCCUCGACACCAAUGCAUAUGGCUUCAUACAACGAGCAUCUCCUCUAUACAUCGUGCGGUCGUUCAACCUGGCAACGACUUUCCUGCUCGUGUUGCUCGGACGAGCAGUUGCAGCUCCCUUGUGGGAAGUCGUCGCCCCCUCCGCACCGUCAAGCUCGAAUACCUCUGGCUCAACCAACCAGACCGUGCCCUCGCUCGGGCCCUCGAUCUCAUGGAUCAGAUUGACCCGAUGCAUGCUUACUCGACCCUUCCGCUUCAUCUUGCCCGUCAUUGUUGUCUCUGGCAUUCAAUGGGCACUCGGCGCAACGGGCAAGACGGCAGACUGCAACGCCGUCGGUAUGGAUGAGCCAUACUGGUCAUCGAUCCGCAAUUUUGCGGGUUAUUCUACCCUCAUUUUCAACUUGUUCACAUACUACGAACAAGACACUAUGUCCGGUCAGACCUUUGCCGGCAACCUCUGGACUGCCCCUUGGUUCUUCCAAGCCUCAUAUGCUGUUUACACCAUUCACAUGAUGCUUGGCAAUCUCUCGAGCAAUCGCUACUGGGUCUAUGGCAUACUUGCAUUCUUCUCAUGGACAACAUUUAACUACUUUGCACUGGCUAUCAUCGGUCUCGUCUUUGCGGACAUGGCUGCUCAUGGUCAAUUCCAAAAAGUCAAGAAGUGGCCCAUGUCGCGUCGAUUGGCAGUCCAAGGUGCCCUCAUCGCCGUCGCCCUCAUCUUCCAAUGGGUCUCUGUCAUUCGGGACAAUCUCAACUCAGCUUUUGCUACUAUCAACGUCCAGAAUCACGUCGAGAUCACAAUCUGCGAUGCGCUCUUUGCGACAUGCUUCCUCUUUGCGCUCGAGACGUCCACGCUUGCUCAGCGACUGAUGGGCAACGUCGUGUUGCGCAACCUCGGCCGACUUGCACCCGGUCUCUACCUUUUCGCGGCACCGCUGACAUACACGCUCGUGCCAUCGAUCGCAAAGUCUAUGGCGGGUGCAGGAUCGUCUGCAAGCGCUAUCACCGGAGUGACAUGGAUGGCCCUCUUUGGCGUCGCGCUGGCGAUCAGCAUUCCAUUCUACUUCUUCAUCGAGCUACCAAGCGUACUGGCGGGCGAGCUGUUUGCGAACCUGCUCGAAUCGUGGGGUAGAGACGAAGAUGAAGUCAUGGCGGUCAAGAGGCGCGCACAAGAAGUCCUCAAGGCGCCACAGCCUGCUCCUAAGAAGAUUUCUGGACCAACACCUGCGCCAUUCACCUCGCCUGCUAAAUCCAACAGAGGACCGCCAUCAUCUGGUACGGGUCACAAGCCAGCAAGGAGCAGCAAAGGAAGUAGCUAUGGCAAUCAGACGAAGAGCACUGUGCUCCCUCGCACAGCAAGUUCAAUCAGGAUACAAACACACAUGGACACUUAUUUGGCUCUCUCGCGAUGCCUCGGCCGGCACUCUGCACGAGCUUUAGGCCGAAGCCAAAGGCAAGCUGUGGUCGUCUUAAGUUCAUCUGAGAUAUGCUCGCAAGGCGAUAAGUUUUGGGACAUCGUUGCAUUAGAUCGACCAUGUUUGUACACCGAACCAACAGAGCACCAGAUUGCCGAGCUACGGGUCUAUCUAGACGCAGCCCUUCUGACAUCGUGGGGCUCUCCUCGAUAUGUAUGA